AUGACUACUAUAAGGACCCAAUAUGCUAUUGAAUCGAUAACUUCUGAUCCUAAAUUAAUAAGAGCAUGGGGGCUCAAGUCUGUGAAAGCCAUUGCAUUAGAAUGUGUAGAAUCUAGACCAUCUGCAAAAUAUAAACACUCAGUUGAAAAAGAUAAAGCAAAAUUAAAGAAAGAAGAGGGUAUAGAAAAUCAGAAAAGGGCCAUAGAUAUAAUAUGGAGUUCAACUUUAUUUAAAAUUAGAAAAAUUGUUGUAACAAAGAACAAACUAGUUCUAUAUUAUCUUGAUGAAGAAUAUGCUCCUUCUCGCAGGUUUGUGCAAGAAGAACUUAUGUUAAUAGUUAAUUCAGAAAAGGUUGAGUACCCACUCCAGAAUAUAUUAUCUGUACAUUUCGUUUAUGCUUCUAAUAACGAGAUAGCUCAAGUUGAAGAUUUUGCCAAAAGCAUAAUAGCCAAUGUCUUGGGAAAACUGAGUGAAUAA